AUUCCCCACAGUCAAAGGACUCCGCUGAGGAAACUCGCGUAUCCUACUGUUCUUAUCAACAUCCCCCUGUAAAAUUCAUAUUCCCCGGCUGAUCUUUAUUGUCGCCGGAAUUCAACUCUUCUCUGUUUUACUCGUGUUAUCGCUCAAUUAUACUCGUACUUUCCCUUGUAGAACCCCUGUUUUUCAUUCAAUGGCUAUGACUCUCCCAAUCGCUUCCUCUUCCACUCCAUCUGCUGGUAAUUCCCCCUCUUCAGUAGAGAGUUCUGUUCCCCCUCAAACUCCGAUUACUCCUGCUGCCGGUCAAACUUUGUCUCUGCCCUUGGCGCCUUCCGCUGAGCAGAACAACAACAUCCAAUCACAAAGCUCUAUCACAGCCCCAUCCAAUGGCGCUGUUACACAGGUCAAGCGGAAACCCAGUCGCCGAGCUAACACCGCCGAAAGGCGCGCUACUCACAAUGCAGUCGAGAGACAGCGCAGAGAGACUCUCAACGGCAGAUUCUUGGAUCUGGCUGCGCUGCUUCCUAAUCUUUCCCAGAUCCGCAGACCAUCCAAGUCUGCGAUCGUCAACUCUUCGAUUGCACACGUUCACGCGUCAAGGCGUCACCGCUUCCUUGCUUCGCGGGAGCUGCGCGCUCUGAAGCUAGAAUCUGAUGCCCUUCGCCGGGAACUUAACGAAUGGCGUGAUCGUGCUGCGCUUCCCUGUGUGGAAGAGCCCGUUCGUGGAGAAGGCUUUACCAUGGUCCUUAAUGGCGAAGUCGAAAUUCUCGCAGCUGUCAUCGGUGAAGAAGAUGAAGAAGGACAGGCGUAUGACGGAUAUGAGGAGGGUGACGAUGAAUUUGCUGGUUCGAUGCCAAACGCCAUGGACGACACUGAGGAUGUUAUGCCCUCUGCGCCGAUGGUCAAGAACAGCAUGUAUGCACAUGGGAAUGUUCCCCCCACUGAUGUCAACAUCGCUCAUAUGAUGCCACGCGGUCCGCCCAACUCGCACGGCGGUCCCAUGAUCGCUCAGAUGCAUUCUUCUGUUUCCUUCGAGAACCCAGAAAUGCCUUCGAUCUACGAGCCUCGGGUUAACUUCGCCGCAGCCCCUUAUGUCGGACACCACCAACCCGCAAUGGAACAACAUAAUCUGAAAGCGUGGUCGAAUAUGUACAAUGCCUAUAACACGCAGCAAAUCCAUCAACUUCCGGCGCAGCGUAACUUGAUCACGCCUCCCAAUGGCUCGCACAACAUGGGACCAUCAGCAACGACCGGCAAUCACUUUGGUGACCAAGCAGCUCUUGCCAAUCUCAAGCGGCAGCAGAUGCUCGCGCUCCAACAGCAGCACGCCGCCAUGGGGUAUGUCGGUGAUACAGACGACACAUCUUCCGUCGGAUCUGGUCAAAGUAGCCCCGGCUCUGGAUACGGCUCACCAUCGCAUGGAGCUUCUAUGAACUACGAGAUUGCGAACGCCCUUCCUGAUUAUGGUCUUCCCAAAAGGCUGAGCCUGAGCAACCUCCACAUCAACACUGGUAUUGCUGGGUCGUGGAGCGGGAGGAUCGAAGAUGGGAUGGGAAGUAUGAUGACGAAGCAAGGUUUGGGCGGCCCAAUAAACGUUGGCAAUGGCGGAGGAUAUGGCAUGAUGAUAUGAGGCCUAUGAGCUUUUAAGGCGGUGCUCACAAUACCCGUGCCGUGCACGGACGCCUUGGGACUUUUAGGACAAAGUAUCACUUUCUCUUCUGCUUGCUAUCCUCUGACCCCCUCUUGUCAUGUACGUUUCUUUCGAUAACCCGCUCCUCUCGUUUUGCCUCGGAGGCCUCUUGCUUGAUCACUAUUAUUA